AUGGUUAAUGACCCCACCAGCGACCAUGCCGAUGUACCGAAAAAGAACAAUGAAGACCUCAUAUCCAGAGACAUUCGUGUGGACCAACAUGAUAUCAAUGAGGAGGAGAAAGGCCUCGCUGGUGAAAUGAAUCAACUGCCUGAGCUUCAGCGGAGGUUGAAAAGCCGACAUCUAUCAAUGAUAGCAAUUGGUGGGACUAUAGGAACCGGACUCUUUAUCGGCAGUGGAACAGCUAUUGCCUAUGCUGGACCUGUGGGUGCCCUCCUCGCUUACAUCUUCGUCGGGUCAAUCGUAUAUUCCGUCAUGGUCUCACUAGGAGAGGUUGCAACCUUCCUCCCGAUCCCCGGUGCAUUUACUACAUAUGCAACACGUCUGGUGGAUCCAAGUCUUGGAUUUGCCAUGGGUUGGAUAUACUGGUUCUCUUGGGCAUCAACAUUUGCACUUGAGUUAACUGCCACGGGCAUGAUUAUUCAGUAUUGGGAGAACUCCGUUCCAAUCGCUGUCUUUAUUGCUGUGUUUUGGGUUUUGAUAAUUGCACUGAAUAUGAUGCCCGUUAGCUACUAUGGUGAGACUGAGUUUUGGCUUUCCAGUGUCAAGGUAUUGACCGUGGUUGGUUUCAUGAUUUUUGCGAUCUGUAUGAACGCCGGAGUUGGCAAGGAAGGAUAUAUUGGAUUCCGAUACUGGGUACAUCCGGGACCCUUCAACGCAUACUUACUCACCAACCCUGACCAGGCUGCGUUGGCAAAGUUCAUCGGCUUCUGGGCCGUCUUGAUCAAAGCUGGAUUCUCAUACCAGGGCACGGAACUGGUUGGAAUUGCCGCGGGUGAGACGCAGAAUCCACGGAAGACAAUCCCAUCUGCCAUUCGCAAAACAUUCUUCCGCAUCAUCUUUUUUUUCAUCUUGACGAUUUUCUUCAUUGGCAUCGUUGUACCAUCUUCCGAUGAACGUCUCACUGGAAGUGAGGGAAGCGGUGCUAGUGCCAACAACGCGAAUUCGGCUCCUUUUGUCAUCGCUGCGAAGCGUGCUGGUGUCAAUGUCCUACCAUCACUGAUCAAUGCCGUAUUGUUAACCGUGGUCCUCUCGGCCGCGAAUUCGAAUGUCUACAGUGGCAGUCGAAUUCUGGUUGGUCUCUCUUCCGAAGGGUUCGCUCCUCGCUGUUUUACCAGAACGACCAAGUGGGGAGUACCCUACCUUAGCGUGGGAUUCACGGGUCUUUUCGGUCUUUUAGGCUUUUUGAAUGUCUCUAAUGCAGGCAGCACCGUCUUCAAUUGGCUGAUGCAAAUUGCCGGCCUGGCAGGGUUUAUUACCUGGACAUCUCUCAUUAUUUGCCAUCUUGCCUUUAUGAAUGUCUUGAAAGCACACGGGAUCUCGCGAGACUCGUUGCCUUACAAGGCAUCUUGGCAACCAUACUUGUCUUGGUAUGGACUAUUUUUCAACGUCUUGAUCAUCAUUACUCAGGGCUUUACUUCAUUCAUCCCAAGUUUCAGUGUGACAGACUUCUUUAUAGACUAUUUGAGUCUAAUCUUGUUUGCUGUGCUGUAUAUUGGACACAAGUUUAUCAUGAGACCCUCAUUUGUGAAUCCGCUCGAGGCGGACAUCGACACUGGUCGAGCAGAAUUUGGAGAUGAAAUGUAA